CAGCCGCUAUGAAGAAUGACGAGGAAUUCUGGGAGUCGAAGUCCAAAAUUCCUGGAGCCCUCAGGGAAACAACAGGCUAUGGGCGGAGACAUGUCACGGAGGGCGCUUUGUUUGGCCGUGACGCAAAACACCCGCGACCGGCAGCGCUGGGGUGUUUGCGCGCGCCCUGUGUGUGGGAGAGGGCCAUUCGUCCGCGGCGCCAUGGCAACCCCGUCGCGCGCGGGGGGGCGGCAGGAGCAGCAGCAGCAGAAGCGGGGCCGAGGGGCGGCGGUGGGCCAGGAGGAGCUGCGCCGGCUGAUGCGCGCCAAGCAGCGCGAGACCGCGGCAGCGGCGGGGAAGAAGAAAGUCGACUCGCCCUUCGCCAGAUAUAACAGUUUAGGGAACCUCAGCUGCUCUCUGUGCAAUACGUCUGUGAAGAGUGAACUGUUGUGGCAAACACAUGUUCUUGGGAAGCAGCAUAAGGAGAAACUCGAACAGGUGAAAGGUCUUAAACAAUCAGUAGCUGGACCCAUUCCAAACACCUCAUCUUCUCUCAAAAGGAAAACUACAAGUACAGAAUCUCCAGAAUGGAAGAAAGCAAAAGAUCCUGGAGACCAUGUACAAGUUGUCCCCUCUGGGCUGCCAAAAGACUUUUUUAGCCAAAUUGAAAAAGUAGAAGGGGAAAAACCCUCUUCAAAAGCUCCAAGCCAUUGUUUACUAUUAGAAGAUUAUGGAGAGGAAGACAUAAAUGCAGAUGAGACACCAAAAGAAGUCAGUGACAGUAGCAGCCAACCUCCUUUGCAAUCCACAGAACAGAAUACAGCUUCUACUCAAAAAGCAGAAGCUGUUACUACUUUGUCAUCAGAUGGAGUAGAUAACAAAGCUUUGGCUUCACCUCUAGUCUUCCAUUCUGGAUCUAUACAGAAAGCAGAAACACAAGAAAAAAAUGUGGAAAGGAGAGAAAAUACUGCAGAGGCCUUGCCAGAAGGAUUUUUUGAUGAUCCUGAAGUGGAUGCAAAGGUGCGAAAAGUUGAUGCACCAAAGGAUCAAAUGGAUAAAGAAUGGGAUGAAUUCCAGAAAGCCAUACGACAAGUCAAUACCAUUUCAGAAGCCAUAGUAGCAGAGGAAGAUGAAGAAGGGCGACUUGACCGUCAGAUUGGAGAAAUUGAUGAGCAGAUUGAAUGUUUCCGUCGUGUUGAGCAACUGCGUGACCGCCAGGAAAUAAUGAAAGAUAAACUGAAAGAAGUCAUGAGGUUCAGAGCUGCACAGGCAAAGGAAGAGGAUGAUGUUGGCAGUGACGGUGAAUUGCAGGACCUGCUUUCUCAGGAUUGGAGGGCAAAAGGAACUCUGUUGUAGUUGCCUUGAGACAGAGAUUGAGCUCCUGCUCUGUGGUGGUGUUGACUUUUUAUCAUACACCACUAUUUUGUAAAUUAUUUGUUUAAUGAACUUGGAAGAUAUUGAAAUGGAUUGUAAAAAGGCUUUCAUAGGUUUAAGAACAAAUAAGGUUUAUAAAUUAUCAAAUUGCAAGGUCAUUUUUAUAAAGAGAAUUAUUGUUUUCCCACCUAAACCCAUAGUUGCGUCUUACAGGUUAUGAUGUGUCAUGUGUACCUUUUAAAAUAUCAAUAAAAUUGUGUGAAGCAUGAGCCAAGGAUUUGAUAACAGGCUCAGCUGGUGGUUUUAUUAUUGUGGGGAAGGAGAAGGCUACUCCACUUGGUUUUAAUGGUAGCCUCUUCCACAGUUCCUCCAGGUAUUUUGGAAAUGAUUCUGGUACUAAACCUAUAUUGAGAAUAGGACUCGGCACUUGUGUAGCUUGUUUUUUACUUUGUAUGUUUUGUGAUGUUACCUGGGAACCGCUCUGAGUCCCCUCGGGGAGAUGGAGGGGUAUAUAAAUAAAGUUUUAUUAUUAUUAUUAUUAUUAUUAUUAUUAAUAAUAAUAAUAAUAAUAAUACCUGCAUGUAGUGUGUGGAGGGCACUGCUGUUAAAACCAAGUGGAGUUGCCUCUGCGUCCCCCUCGCUCCUCAAAAUAAUAGAAACGAUUAUGCUUCAGUGUUAGGCAGGAAUAUAAAACUGGAUUGGUAAUAAUAGAUCUGUUGAAUUGACAUUUGCCAAUUCCUGAGAAAUUUGAAUCCAUGCCUUAUCCCUAACCAUUCCUCAGUUUGAAAAAUACAUUUUCACAGGGAAAUUUCUGUCUGUUUUGUUACUGCUAUAUGUAGCUUAACUUACUAAUUCCUAGUAAAACAUGUCUUGUGUAUUCUAAGGUUGAAUUAUCCAUUUCUUUCAGCUUCCAUCUCCAGUAGCUCUUCAUUUUCAAGACAGUUUGAAUACUAUGGCUAGGAAACAUGUUCUCAAAAGAAAUUUAUUGUAGCCAUAAAAACCAGAAUAUGAUCUGUAUGUCUUGCAUUAUCUGUAUUUCUUUCAUCAUAUUUUUCAUCAUGUCUCUCAAAUUCAUAUCUUCCGUUGAAGAUGCUCUCCUGGCCGUUCCCUUCAACUCUUUUAUUUCUUCUCCCCCCCCCCCCCUCUUAUUUUCGGUGUUGCCAUUCCUUUCUCUUUUACUUUCCUGUUCUUUGUAAAAGUGUAUUUUUUCCUGUUUUUCCUUCUUUCUUUCAAAUGGAAAUUUGUAGAGUAGAUUUUUCUUUGUCUCCUAAGUUUUUAUAUUUUCUUAUGUUUUAAUUUUUUGGACUUUUUCCUUCUUUGGUUAUUUUUAAUUAUUAUUCUGUUCAAUGGGAGAGGGGGAGAAAGGUGCAAAUAAAUGCAGUAGGCAGUGAAAACAAAGACAACAACAAAAGGCAAAUUUCAGCCUCUUCCCUUUCUUCUUUUCUCUUCUAAUGUGUCAUUGCAUAUCUUUUCUUUUUCUAAUUUAUUUGUUUUUUACUUUGUUUUCCUUUUUUCUUAGGAGUGGUGAAAAUUUUAAGUUAAAUAUUUUCUCCUAAAACACUAAUCAACUUUACAGGAAAUACAUUCUAAUACAUGAGUGUACUGCACUGUAGGUUUUUUUUUCUGCUCUCAAGUUUACCAUUUGGUUGUUAGGUUAAAUAUUUGGUCCCUAAGAUAAUUUAGUUGACAGAAAAAACAAAUUCCUCUUCUGCGUGGAAGGUCCUUCUUCCCAUGGAUGAUCUAUAUCCCCUUCUUCCCUAAUCAAUAUGGAAUGAGGACUGGAAUUAAGUUUUAAAGUGGAUGUCUUAGCAAAGUCACCCUGUAGGAGAUAAUUUAUCAAUUUGCAUAUUUACUGUAUUGAAUAACCAAGAAGUUAGUCUUUAAAAUGUUGCAUUGAAUUGUGAUGCUAUUUUUCCUCAGUGAGCUCUGUGACCUAACUGCACUUUUGUCAACCUUCAAUUGUUGAUUAAAAUCUGGACUUUCUGGAAGGUCAUAGAA